AUGGCAUCUUUUUCUUCUUCUUCUUCUGGGUCAUCCACGGCGAACCAGAUAAUUCCACCAAUCAACAACGAUGACAGUGAGAUAGGAGCUACCGGCACGGCAGCGCCAACGCCUACCCUGAACAAGGUCAUGUCGAGCGUCGCGAACCUUGCACAGCUCCUGCCCACGGGCACGGUGCUGACGUACCAGGCGUUGGCCCCGUCAUUCACCAACUACGGCAAGUGCGAGGCCUCCAACCAGUGGCUCACCACAGCGCUGGUUGCUGUCCUCGCCUCCGCCUGCCUCUUCUUCUCCUUCACCGACAGCGUCGUGGGUCGCCAUGACGGAAAACUAUAUUACGGCUUCGCCACAUUGCGUGGCUUCAACGUGUUCAACUUCUCCAGCGAGGAGGAGAAGCAGGAGUGGAAUGAUCUCUACCAAUUCCGGAGGCUCCGCCUUCAGCCACUGGACUUUGUGCAUGCCUUCUUCACGGCAGUGGUUUUCCUCAUAAUGGCGUUCAGCGAUGUGGGGCUGCAAAACUGCUUCUUCCCGGAUGGCAGCAGGAACACACAACAGCUGCUCAAGAACCUGCCACUGGGAAUGGCGUUUCUGUCCAGCUUUGUGUUCAUCAUCUUCCCCACCAAAAGGAAGGGCAUCGGAUUCAAUAACACGGCUCCUCGCCAGAAGGUUGUCCAUCCCUUGAACAAAGUUUGA